UGAAAGAAUUGUUCAACAGUACCUUCAAAUACAUUAAAUCUACUUUCAUUUCAUAUGGUUACUAGAAACUAACGAGUUGGGGUGACAGGUUGUAUUUUGGCUAAACAUUCUACUUGACAUUUUCACUACUUGUGAGAGUAGAGUCAUCAGUUUGCAUAAAAUCGCGUUUGUGAGAAUACUUAAGUGGAUCUCUUGGUAUUCCAUAGAGUUAAAUGAAAAUGCAGGAUUUCACACUUUAUCUCAAAACCGUGGGAUACUUUCCCAAAUCGUUCUUAAACAAUGCCAAAACUACGGCAUGAUGCUUGAAAACGUUGAUAAUAAUAUCUGUAUUCAUCGGAUGCAAUGGUGAAUCUGCGGCACCUUUCUCGAACACACUGUUCCACGCCCAGGACAUGUGCUUCAACAAAUUAUUUACACACAUAACCCCUGUCGACAUCAAUGUAUUGAAAACGCCUUAUUAUUGUUAUUAUAUUUUUUUUUAUCAAAUAAGAGUAUUAAAACAGUUGAAACCACUGUCUUUAAACAUUUUAAUUUUAAAACGUGCAAUUACUCUUUGUUUAAACUGUUAACAUUCUGUUAACUGUUAAACAUUCGCAACAGUUAAGUUAUAAAUGACUCAGACUAUAUGUUUCUUUGUGCUGCAAUUAUUAUGGAAACUGAUAAUUAAGUCUUUCUCUGGUUAUCGAGAUUCUUCUAUGUGGAAUGAUGAAUCAAACCAACAACUAUCAAGAUAAUAAACAUUCAACAAGGACUAAUCAUCUUUGUAGUUCGUUCUUAAAUAAACAAACUUGCACUACCGUUUGAAACGUUUAUUAACAUGUGAAGCUUUACCGUAUAAUUAUUCCAUUUCGUUGUGUGUAGUAGUGAUCAGCAUGGACUCAAACAUUGAGGAACGUACAUUCAGCAUUGGGGGAAAGAGCAGUAGAACCUAGAGAGCAGUACGUUCAAGAUGAACUUGCUUGAGUAAUGCAUAGAUACGCUAUCCGUAUCGGAUAACACCUGGUAAGCAGGCUCGUAAUGCAGCAUAACGCAUAGGGACCCACAACUUUAUAAAUGUUGAAAAAAUGUAGAUCCAUCGUUUGUGAUGCUCUAGGAGACAGGGCGUUACCUGGUAAAUGAUAGAUGACGUCUUAAUAACUACAACAGCACUAAUUAUCAGCAAUAUAAAAGGGGAAUCAGUGUCUUAAAAACACUCAUUUGUGUUUAGUUUACAGUGAAACAGUUUGUGUUUAUUAACUCAAAAUGAAGCCUAGCUGCAAGGAAGGUGUAUUUCCCUUAAUAAACCUCAGCAUAAAGCUAUUGAAAAUAGUUGGUUUUUGGAACAAAACGACGGGGCAAAGGAUUUCAGUUAUUGGUUUACUGGCAGUUAUAUUGUAUCUUUUAGCGUGGCUUAUCCCAAACUGGCUGUUCAUAGUGAGCUCGCAGGACAAUAUCACACGACUGAUAAAAGCGACCAACGAGCAAAUACUGUACUUUAUUGCCUUCUUCAAGUUGUACUUCUACGUAAUACAUUAUCGACGCUGGGAGAAGCUGUUUUACGAUCUGCAACUUGCGUUUAGCUCGGUUAUGACCAACCCGAGCCCCGAAAUUCAAGGAAUAUUGGGACACGUAACGAAAUCGACCCAUAACCUUACCAAAUACUACAGUUAUGUAGUAAAUUUCAACUGUGCAUGGUACGGUGUGUUCCGAAUGUUGUUCAUAGUGGUUAAAUAUGCCGUGACGGGCUCGUACGACGUACCGCUUUCAACACCGAUCGAGGCAAAGUAUUUUAUUCCCGGCCUGCAUACAAACUUUUGGGUUUGGUUGCCGGUGACUUUAGGCCUAAAUGUACUGCUGGAGUGGCAUAGCUUAGCUUUGGUUUUCGUUGAAACCUUCAUAUGGAAUCUUGUGUAUGCCACAUCCUGUAUGUUUCGAAUUCUGCAAAUCCUGGCCAACGAGCUUUCAGAUCGAAAACGGAAUGAAGGAAUAUGGACAGUAGAGUUUGAAAAAUUCUCAACUUUACAUGAUUCUGUGUUGAGAUCGGCUGGGACACUGGAGGAAAUUCUUAGCGGACAUAUGCUUUUGCUUUAUGUAUCGACCAUAUUUUCCCUAUGCCUGUCGAUGGUUGUAUUGUCUUUGCCUAUCGAUGACUUUAUUUUGCUGCUAACAACAUUUGUCGCAUUUGGAUACUGUAUUUUUCAAACCUUUUCCUUCUCUUACCUCGGCACUGAGCUCAUUGAGCAAAGCGAAGCAGUAGCGGAUGCAAUUUUCCACAGCAAAUGGUACACGCAGAAGCUGAACAGACAGAAAGACAUGUGUUUCUUGAUGAUGCGAGCAAAUAAGCCGGUGAAAUUGACUGCCGCCAAGUUGUUCGUUGUAACACGCGAUUCCUUCACCCAGGUAAUUAAACAGGCAUACACAAUCUUUACAUUGAUGUCACAGUUUUUGGACAACCCUGUGAAUUAAGAUAUUUGGAUUGUAGAGAAUCAUACAAUUGCGUAUCCAAUCGAUUAUAAUUGACAGUGCUCUAAUAAACGCAAGAUUUGCAAAAUAUAUCGGAAAUAUCUCAAAUGAAAUACCUUAAUUUGUGCGUUUGGGAUUGACAGCGACGAAGGAAUGAAGAUUCGACUUUUUUUGCUAUAAAUAAUG